AUGGCCACAGACAUUUUAAAGGAGCAAUACAAAAACCUGCAGCAGGAAAAUGACCGAUACAAGAAGCUCAACAGCCAGCUGAAGGAUCGUUUGGUCGCUCUGGAUAAGGAGGUGACCGUGUCAGAGAGCAAGAUUAGAGACAAACGAACAAUCCCUGGUGGCUUCCUGAAACAACAAGGGAAACACAUCCGCAUCUUAGAAAACAAACUCAACCAGGAGACUACUAAAAUUGCCGAGGUGCUAUGCAGUAAUAUGGAUUACAGCGAAGACAUUUCUCACUUGCUGCAGCAGAAAGGCUUGUGCUGCGAUAUCGAUGAGAAAUUUAAUAGACAGUUGGCUGCACAGCAAAAGGUCAUGGAGAGACUGGAGGAGAGGAUCAGCCUCGCUUUGAAGCAGAGGUCAGAGGCCAAGAACCGAAUGCUGGAGGUGAGGGAGGGCAUUAAGGCGGAGACAGAUGAGUUCAUCAAGAAAAGGAUGCAGCUGAAGACUGCUAUCGCGCAUGGUGCCAAACUGCAGACUUUCAUGGAGACAAAGUUGAAGGAAAUUAUUCCUUUGGAAGGAGAUAAGGACUCCAAGAAGAGAAAGAAACAGCAGCAAUAUGAGAGUGGAGUUAAGAAGCUGGAGAUGUACCUGCAGGGACACCGCAAGCUCGUGGAAGUCACCGGAGAAACAGACCUGGGGAAGAUAGUCCCCAUGUUUACUGAGGAUGAACAGAAAAAUUUUGCUCUGGUCGGCUACAUCAAUGAGCUGCAAAACAGAAGAAAUAGGUUGAAGAACUGCACAGACAAGAUGAAGAGUGACAUCCUUUUCCUGGAGGAGGAGAACAAAGGACACGAUGAGCAGAUAAACAGCCAGUUGAAGGAUCUUGAGACUGAUUUGGAGAGGUAUAGCUGUCUGUCAGACUCCCUGGAGGAGCAGUGCACUGCGGUUCAGAGGACUCUGGACCAGCUGACGACUGCCAUCUGUGGCCUUUCACACGAGAUAAUGCAAGAAGCUGUCGUCAAUUCUGACAACAUCUAUAACUCCAUCAGUAUGCUUGAGGAGAGAAUUAAUAACCUGCUGAUCCAGGCCAACAACGUGGAAGAAGAGCAGACAAAUUCGGCUCCACAGAACAUACUUUUGGCCAAUUCUGACUUGCUGCCAGGCUGUGAGGCAGCUCUGGAGACAGAGUGCGGCAGGCCUCGUUCACGCUCGCUCAAGUCUGCCUGA